UCCAUAAAUUUGAUUCCAACGCUCCCCUAGUGUUUCUGAACCAAUAAGCUUCUAAAGAGUGUGAGCUCUGCAGCAUGGCAAGGCCGCAGAGGUUCAGAGGAGUAAGGCAGAGACAUUGGGGCUCCUGGGUUUCUGAAAUUCGCCAUCCGCUACUGAAAACAAGAAUCUGGCUCGGAACAUUUGAGACAGCGGAGGAUGCAGCUAGAGCCUAUGACGAAGCAGCCCGGAUGAUGUGCGGACCGAGAGCAAGAACCAACUUUCCUUAUAAUCCGACAGCUUCUCCAUCAUCUUCCUCGAAGUUCUUGUCUCCUACUUUGACCGCUAAGCUGCAGAGAUGCCAAUUGGCCUCGCUGCAGCUAACCAGGCCGGCGCUCAAAGACACAGAAAGCAGCAAUGGCAACAGCAGCAUCAAGAGUCGUGGUGCGAGCAGCAUCGGGCAGCAAUCUAUUACUUGCCUGCGCCUGGAUAACCGGAAGCCCGGUGACAUUGGUGUUUGGCAGGACAAGCCGUCAGGCCGGCAGCGAGAAUCCAGCUGGGUUAUGAAAGUCCAGUUAGAGAAUGAUCAGCAGAGCACCUCUCUGGAUGAUGAUUACAUACAGCAGAUGAUCGAUGAGCUGAUCGAUUACAGCUCGGUGGAGAUCAAUGCUUCCCCUGCUGCCACUGCUCCCGCUUCCUCUUUACAUCAUUGAUUAGAUGAAUAGUAGAAGAGAAUGAGAAGUGUUUUGGGUCAACAUUCUGGUUUUUCUCUGCUAACUUCAUUCUUUCUAGUGACCCAAAUGCAGUACUAGGCAAUAGGAUUAUUUCCCCCCCUUUUUCCUUUAUAAUCAUUUAGUAGUAUAAUUAGGAUUUUUACCUAGUUCAUGAAACGCUUGUGCUUAUGUACAGAAUAAAGUAAAAGGAGAAGUGGUUAAAGUUAGGCUGCUA